AUGAUAGCCUCAGUGUCUGACCAGCACCAGCCCUACAUAAGUGUUCUUCAGCGUUUCAACAACUCAGCAACUCUCACACUUCAGAUCAAGCAUAAGAAGUUACAACAGCUUAAAUCAUUGAUAAAUAUGACAGACAUGAUCUCCUCCACAGUGUUGUUCUAUGGGAACUACGUGCUGUGCCUGUGUCUGGGACUGCUGUGUGUGGUGUUUGUCAGUUACUGGAACAUUGAGUGGCGUGGUGGCUUUGCCUGGGAUGCGUCCUUUCUGCAGUUCAACUGGCAUCCCGUGCUCAUGGUGACUGGCCUGGUAGUCCUGUAUGGGAACGCGGCUAUCCUAUACCGCAUCCCCUUUACCUGGAGUCAGAGGAAGCAGCGCUGGAAGCUGGUGCACGCUGCUCUGCUGCUGUCCUCCCUGCUCCUGUCCAUCCUUGGGCUGUGUGCUGUGUUUGACUUCCACACAGGCUACCACAUCCCCAACCUGUAUUCCCUCCACAGCUGGGUGGGCAUCUGCACCGUAGUCCUGUUCACUGCCCAGUGGGUCCUUGGCCUGGUUGGUUUCCUGUCUCCCUGCUCUCCCCUCGGGUUCCGUAAGCUCCUGAAACCAGUUCACGCCUGGAUGGGCAUGGCCAUCUUUAUCCUCAGCCUGGCCUCCUGUCUCUCUGGCAUCAACGAAAAACUGCUCCUUGCUCUCAACGGCAACAGCAACAGCACCGCAGCCUAUUCCUCACAUCCUCCAGAGGCCUUGUUUGCUAACUUCCUGGGUGUCCUGAUCGUGGCCUUUGGAUUGGUGGUCCUUGGAAUCCUAUCCAACCAGAGGUGGAAUAGGCUGGAGCCAGGGCAGGAGAGCUCUAGAAGGACUUUGGACCAAGUCAGAAUGAUAGCCUCAGUGUCUGACCAGCACCACCCCUACAUAAGUGUUCUUCAGCGUUUCAACAACUCAGCAACUCUCACACUUCAGAUCAAGCUGACCAACAGUCGCAGAAUGGGGAACACCAACACUGCCAGCCACCUCAACAACCAGAGCAAGAUGAACAUCCGUGCUUUCCUGUCCAAUGCCAAGCUAGAGAUCGACGCCUUCAUUGUCUCCAACGCUGCCGCUGGCAGCAGUGACACCUUGACCAAGCUGCAGCAGCAGCCCGGUGGCAAGAAGUUCAACUUCAGGAAAGACGUGCAGUGUGUCCGUGUGCUGGCCUUGCAGAGUCAAGAGCUGCCCUGGGUGGAUAACAAAUUUAUCUCCGUCUUUGUGGAGGACGAGAACGAUGAAAACAUAUGUUCCAGACAGAUUGUUCAGUGCAUGGCUUUGUCCUCUCCUGUGUCUUUCAUCGUAUAUGAUGUAUAG